AUAUUUUAUCGAUAAUUUCGCGCUUCCGCUUUCUUUUCUUUUCUACGCUAGCUACCAAGAUGAAGAUUGGCUUGUGUGCAUUCAGCGGGUACAAGAUCUACCCCGGCCAUGGCAAGACCAUGGUCAAGAUCGAUGGCAAGAGCUUCACCUUCCUGGACAAGAAGUGCGAGCGCUCCUACCUGAUGAAGCGCAAUCCGCGUAAGGUUACCUGGACCGUGCUCUACCGUCGCAAGCACCGCAAGGGAAUUGAGGAGGAGGCCUCCAAGAAGCGCACUCGCCGCACACAGAAAUUCCAGCGCGCUAUCGUCGGCGCUUCGCUGGCCGAGAUCAUGGCCAAGCGCAACAUGAAGCCGGAGGUUCGUAAGGCCCAGCGCGAUCAGGCCAUCAAGGUCGCCAAGGAACAGAAGCGCGCCACCAAGGCAGCCAAGAAGGCGUCCGCCCCAGCGCCCGCCAAGAAGUCUGCACCCAAGACGAAGGCCGCCAAGGUUACGCAGAAGUCUGCUCCCCGCGUCGGUGGCAAGCGGUAAACAACACCCAAGACCCAAGACGGUAGUGAAGUGCUAAUGUUUUUAACAAGAUUUAAGGAAACAAAGUGAAACAA